UCUUCAGCUGUUCCUCUUGCAGAAUGAGUCUGGGGGAGAUCAAUGAGAAUGUGAAGCUGGCUCGAGAAUAUGCGCUGCUGGGGAACUACAGCUCUGCAGUGGUCUGUUAUCAGGGGGUCCUGGAACAGAUCAAAAAGUACCUCUACUCAGUCAGAGACUCCUCUCUACAGCAGAAAUGGCAGCAGGUUUGGCAGGAGAUAAAUGAAGAGACAAAACAAGUUCGGGAGAUCAUGGCAACACUUGAGAGCUUCCAGCUGGAGUCGACCCCAUCCAAACCCAGCAGCUUUGGCCAGGAGAAUGACAUCAUGCCUGUUCACGUGGAGCACAGGUCAUCUCCAUGUGUAGUGCGCAAAUCCUCUGGGCCGUACAAAGAUGGCAAGGGCCAUGGAAACAGGUUGAGCGCCGGCCCUCGCGGCCAGCCACGACCCUCACCGCGCGUCACCAAUGGAGACAAGGGAAAACCUCAGAGAGGCAAAGAAAAGAAAGAGAACCCGUCCAAGCCAAAAGAUGACAAGAACAAAGCGGAGAGUGUGGAGACGGAGGUGAAGAGGUUUGACAGAGGAGGAGAAGACAAAGACCUGAUUGACAUUCUGGAGAGAGACAUCAUCUCCCAAAACCCCAAUGUCACAUGGGAUGACAUUGCUGACCUGGAGGAGGCCAAGAAGCUGCUGAAGGAAGCAGUGGUUCUACCCAUGUGGAUGCCUGAAUUCUUUAAAGGAAUAAGACGCCCGUGGAAAGGAGUGUUGAUGGUGGGGCCUCCAGGCACAGGAAAGACAUUGCUGGCCAAAGCUGUUGCCACCGAAUGCCGAACCACAUUUUUUAACGUGUCCUCCUCCACCCUCACCUCCAAAUACAGAGGAGAGUCUGAAAAACUUGUACGGCUGCUGUUUGAGAUGGCACGGUUUUAUGCCCCCACCACCAUCUUCAUCGACGAGAUAGACUCCAUAUGUAGCCGCAGAGGAACCUCAGAAGAACAUGAAGCCAGCAGACGUGUCAAAGCUGAACUACUCGUCCAAAUGGAUGGUGUUGGAGGGACGUCUGAAUAUGACCCUUCAAAAAUGGUUAUGGUUCUGGCAGCCACCAACUUCCCUUGGGACAUUGAUGAAGCUCUGAGACGGAGACUAGAGAAGAGAAUUUAUAUCCCACUGCCCUCAGCUAAAGGCAGAGUGGAGUUACUCAAGAUCAGUCUGAAGGAGCUUGAGUUGGCCAAUGAUGUCAACAUGGACAAGAUCGCUGAGCAGUUGGAGGGGUACUCUGGUGCUGACAUCACCAACGUUUGCAGAGAUGCGUCCCUGAUGGCAAUGAGAAGGCGGAUUGAGGGCUUGACCCCUGAGGAGAUACGGAACUUAUCAAAAGAUGACAUGCACAUGCCCACUACAAUGGAGGACUUUGAGGCGGCACUGAAGAAAGUGUCCAAGUCUGUAUCUGCUGCUGAUAUAGAGAAAUACAAGCAGUGGAUAACGGAGUUUGGCUCCUGUUGAUUAUGCCAAAGAACCUUGAUUUUGUUUU